AUGAACGACAGGGUACGCCAGGUUAGCAGCAAAGAGGACUUUGAUCAAGUCAUAGGAAGUGGGAGUGAGGUUGUAGUGUUUUUCACUGCUGCAUGGUGCGGGCCUGGCAGAUUUAUGGAGCCGAUUUUCCAACGCCUCUCCAAUGAGUACACCAAGCUGGAAUUCGUCCAUGCCGACAUUGACCAGCUAAACGAGGUUGAGGUUGUGAAAUCCGUGAGAUCGGUACCCACUUUCGCCUUCUUCAAGCACGACAAAGAACUUCAGAGGUUCAGUGGAGCCAGUGAAGCCAAGCUCCGAGAAAUGAUCCAGUCGCUGCAAGGCAGCGCAUAG